GGGCCAUGGCGGAAUUAAAUCGAGCUUCAAGCGGCUGGCAUCACCAUCAAAGACCGCACGCCGACGUCGUUGACACAUCCAACAUCAUCGCCACAGAACAUCCCGCUACUUUCCGAGAGGAACUUAUUUACGGAGUACUCGUGUCCCUGAACAAGCUCCAGUCAAAAACUUGGGGUAAGGUGAUUUACAUGGAGAGGGGGAGACAAGUCACCAGCACCUACCUGAGUUCACGCUCGGUCGUGAUCGACGGUUCCUUUACCUCAGUGGACGGAGACAGUGCUGAACGAGCCACGGUUGCCAAGUUUGGCUUAAGACAGUUCCAGAAUCGCCUGAGAGACAGAGACACUGCAUAUUUCCGCGACCAGAUUCGCGAGGGCGUGCGUCUAACGGGUGACUCUGAUGGCAACAUUCUGGCGUGUCGUCUGACGGAGCUGACUGUCACGGUCAAAGGUCUGCAACAGCCGCAUUCCUUCUGUCUCUCUGCUGACGUCCUCCUCCAAAAGGGCAAUCUCCCCUUUGAUGAGACAAUCAAGAUAUUUGACAUGAAAGAAUUCCGAAGCACAAUCGCACUGGAACUGAAGCGAGGAGAGUUUUCCAAGGAGAGACUGCGUCGCGCGUGCUUGGUGGGCCUCAGCUUUGGUCAAGAUGACGCAGACGACCUCGAGACGCCAUGUUGGAUGUACAUCAUUAGCAUCAGCGCCCUUAAGGAGCUUGAAUCACCAGAAGUAAAACGCCAGGCACAGCAGCAGGCCGCCCUGGCGCAAAUGAAGUCAGAGGACAAAUACAAAGAAAGUGCAGCCAAGCAACGGACGGACAGAUCCAGGUGGGCGAAGUCUGACCAGAGAGACCACCUGGCCAACAAAGAAGCGGGCAUGCCUCAACUGAGAGAGCAGCCGCGGGCCAAAAAACAGUUGGUUGGAGAAAGUAUCGGUUAUUACAGCUGGGAAAUUCAACCUAGCAAAGAGCGGACUACGAUGGAAGAAUUACAGAGGCCUGCUGCUCCCAAAAUAGGGAGGUCAGGGGAGCGAGUGCGGCAGUGGGCCAAGCUGGAGACCGCCAUCAAGAUCAGUCACAUCAAAGCUGCCAAAGAUGCCUCUAACGACCAGGUGUCAGGACAAGACUGAAUAACGGCCUUCAGACGACGACCCUCCAUACUACACAGCUCGAGUGCACUUGUUGUCUUCUAGUGUUCCAGUGGCCUGUCUCUUCCAAGAGGGUUUCUCAGUGCUUCUUUUGUCCGGAAGAAGAACAGUUCUUUGAAAUGGAAUCUGUCUUUGUAGAUGCGUUGGCAGUGAAUCUGUUUUGUUUUCAUGAACAUGAACAACUGAACCAUCAAGGUUGCUGCGAACUGUGCUUUUCGAGUAAGAAUGCAGAAAAGGGGUAGAGAAAAUUGGAAAUGUAAAUAGUUCCUGUCGACUGAGAUGAACAUGAUAAUAAUAAUGUCGCAUUUCUGACGAGAGAUUUUGCGCGAUGAAAAAACUGUCGUCUGAAGCCACGAGCUUGAAGAUUGAAAAUGCCUGUCAGGUGUAUCAUGUGUUGUCUGUUGAGAGUAAUGUGUGUUUUGAAAGUUUCAGUGGUGAUAACUGUGACGACUGGGUAGUUUCAAAUGUCUUACAUGUGAAGUGCUGUCCAAAAUUGACAUUCAGUCAGCGAUGAUAGUAAAGGAGCAAAAACGAGCUUUAAAAUUUAAUACAAGAAAAUGUGAUUAAAAUAAUAUUUGACGACAAUAUAUUUGAAUCAUUCUUUUGAGGGACCCAAUAAAAGCAUGAAAAUUUGAAAAAAAAAAAAAA